GCGCAGACAUGGCAGUAGCCCAGGAGCUUUACAGCUUCCCAGCCUCCAAGCUGGACUCCUUUGUGGCUCAGUGGCUGCAGCCAACCAGAGAAUGGAAGGAGGAGGUCCUGGAGACGGUGCAGACAGUGGAGCAGUUCCUGAGGCAGGAGAACUUCCGUGGAGAACGUGGCCCGGCCCAGGAUGUACGAGUGCUCAAGGUACUCAAGGUAGGCUGCUUUGGGAAUGGCACAGUACUCAGGAGUACCACAGACGUGGAGCUGGUGGUGUUCCUGAGCUGUUUCCACAGCUUCCAGGAAGAGGCCAAACACCACCAGGCUGUUCUGAGACUGAUACAGAAAAGGAUGUCUUACUGCCGGGACCUGCUGGAUCUCGGGCUCAGUAACCUGAGUGUGAUUGAAGAAGUGCCCAGUAGUCUCAUCUUCACUAUCCAGACCAGGGAGACCUGGGAGCCCAUCACUGUCACCAUCGUGCCCGCCUUCAGAGCCCUGGGACCUUCCUGUCCCAACUCCGCCGAGGUCUAUGUGAAUCUGAUCAAGGCUAACGGCUACCCCGGAAAUUUCUCUCCUUCCUUCAGCGAGCUACAGAGGAGCUUCGUGAAGCAUAGGCCGACUAAGCUGAAGAGCCUCCUACGGUUGGUCAAACACUGGUACCAGCAGUACGUGAGAGACAAGUGCCCCCGGGCCAACCUGCCCCCCCUCUAUGCCCUGGAGCUGCUAACUGUCUACGCGUGGGAAGCAGGUACGCAGGAGGAUUCGAACUUCAGGCUGGAUGAAGGUCUCGCCACUGUCAUGGAGUUGCUCCAGGAUCAUGAACUCCUGUGCAUCUACUGGACCAAGUACUACACCCUGCAACACCCAGUCAUUGAGCGCUUCGUCAGGAGACAGCUCAAAGGAGAAAGGCCCAUUAUCCUGGACCCAGCAGACCCCACCCACAACGUGGCGCAAGGCUACAGGUGGGAUAUAGUUGCUCAGCGCGCCAGCCAGUGUCUGAAACAGGACUGUUGCUAUGACGACAGGGACGCCCCCGUCCCCAGCUGGACUGUGAAGAGAGCACCAGAUAUCCAGGUGACCGUGCAGCAGUGGGGUCACCCGGAUUUAAUCCUCUGGGUGAACCCUUAUGAACCCAUAAAGAAGCUGAAAGAGAAAAUCCGACUGAGCCGGGGCUACUCCGGCCUGCAGCGCCUGUCCUUUCAGGAGCCCGGCGGCCAACGGCAGCUCAUCAGAAGCCAAUGCUCGCUUGCCUACUACGGAAUCUUCUGCGACACUCAGAUCUGCCUGCUGGACACCAUCUCCCCCGAGAUCCAGGUCUUUGUGAAAAACCCGGAUGGUGGAAGCCACGCCUACGCCAUCCACCCACUUGACUUCGUCCUGAGCCUGAAGCAGCAGAUCGAAGAUAGGCAGGGCCUUCAAAGCCAGGAGCAGCAGCUGGAGUUCCAGGGCCGCGUCCUGGAAGACUGGUUUGACUUUAAAUCCUAUGGCAUCCAAGAUAGUAUCACGAUCAUCCUAUCCAGGAAGAGGGAGGGGAAAGCCCCAUCUGCGCCCAGCUAGCUUCCUCUGCCUCUUUUGCUAUCUCAUCCUAAAGUCAGCCUAGUCACCCCUCCUUCCGGUCCUCAGCCGGGAUGAUCCCAGCAGGGAGCCAGAAGGGAAUACUGCCAGACGCUCUUGUGUGACAAUGAAACUCUGCAGUCACCUGUGAAAUCACACCAGGACCUCUACGCUCUCAAGACUGGGUCAGUGAAUGGCCGUCCCACAAAUAAACUAUUCUCGCUUGUUCUUGGGAAGCCAAACGAUCUUCCUAACCAAUCAAAUGGACCCUGCUUCAGGUUGUUCCCCCACACACACCAGCAACCUCCAUCAGGUUGGAUCUGAAGCCUUCCCCUGUGCUCCCAACCACUUCUGCCUGCCUCAGCCUAUCCAAGGCAAGGUAGGGUAUCAAGUUCCUUUCAAAUGGAGAAUAAACAACCUUUGUUUCCUCCCAGAU